GCCUUUCCGCGGGUUCUCUCUCCGUGCAACGAGCUAGGGUUUAUUAUUCCCUAAAACCUCUCUCAGAUUUUUAGCCAUGGCGAAGAACAGGAACAAGAAGAAGAAAACCGGCGCCGCUUCAAUGGACAUCGCCAAAGAUCCCGUCUCAGAUCUGCCUCAAGCAAUGGAUACGUCAGAGUCUGGAGCUCAUAACCCAAGUGCUGCUGCUUCCAAUUUAAAGAUAAAGGGAAGACAAAUGAAGAGAUCAAAAAAUGCUCGAAAGAAAAAAGCCGUAGUGAGAGCUAUAUCUAAAACAGAGAAGGCUGUUGAGAAAGUUAAGAAGCAUGAAAGCAAAACCUUGAGAACUCAAUCUGCAAAGUUGCUGUAUGACUGAUUCUGGUCGCCCAUAUUGAUAGUAUUAAGAUUCAACUUUUUUAUGAUCCCUGUAUCAGUUUCCUUUUAAGUUUCUUUCCCAAUUGAUAUUGACAAUGAAUGUAAUUAGAUGGAUGUUUUCGGGUCUUGACGUUGAAAUUUUGCUAGUUGACUUGUACAAGCAUGAAAGCAAAAGACUCGUGCCGGACUCUCGUGUGUCUGGUCCCUUCUGCCUCGCAGGAAUUUGGCAUGAAUUUGUAGAAGAGCAAACAGAAAACCAUCUUAGUUCUAAUUGAUUCUUCUUGAGCUACAGAGCUAA